AGACAAAAAAGAAACCAGGAAGUUAGGAGGAAUUAUUACAGUCUGUACAGCUCAGGAUGUUAAAGGCGAUAACCUCCACGGCCUGGUUACUCAUUAGCAAGAAGGAAAGCUCCGGGGAGAGCAGGACUGGCUCAGCUGCAGGCUUGAAGCAGAGAGCAGCUGGAGCAGGCCAGGCUGGGAGCUUUUGCCUGGAGUCAGUCUCUCCGUAACUUUUUCCUGGGACAGGGAGAGGUGGCUGUUCUUUGUUCUCAGAUGUCUCUCUAAAUAAAACCCUUUUAAUUUUGUUUAUUGUUGGGUGCCCAAGCAGUCAGGAAGAAGCACCUUCCCACUGGACCUCCUGCUCAGUCCCCUCUUGAUUUUGCCCCAGGGCAGCAGCUACAAACAGAAAGCCAGCUGUGAGUGUCUCCUUGGCCAAGCCCAGAUCUUCGAGAGAGAUCCGAAGCAGGACUUUAUAGCUCGGUAUGGUGAGUUGCAGCUGAUUUGGAAGCUGUCUGGUGGAGGAGAACAGUGGCUCUGUACAGCUUGUGGGGAGAGGAUUAUCCCCCCACUUCCCCUGUACUACCAGCCAGAUCACCAUGGGCAGCGUCUGUGUGCGGCUCUGGGCAUACCUGCAGCCUUUUCUCCCCUGCUGGUCCCAAGAGGCAGACAAGUCAGUGGUGAUUGAGAAUCCAGGGGCCUACUGUCCCCCAGAGGCUCCCAGGUCACAAGAGCCCGAGAGAAGCCAUGGCCAGUAUUUUGUGGCUCUGUUUGAUUACCAAGCUCGUACUGCAGAAGACCUGAGCUUCCGUGCCGGCGACAAACUCCAAGUCUUGGACACUUCACAUGAGGGCUGGUGGUUGGCCAGGCAUUUGGAGAAGAAGGGAACCGGCUUAGGUCAGCAGCUGCAGGGCUACAUUCCUUCCAAUUAUGUGGCGGAGGACCGGAGUCUCCAAGCAGAGCCGUGGUUUUUUGGAGCAAUCAAAAGAGCAGAUGCAGAAAAACAACUUCUGUAUUCAGAAAAUCAGACGGGCGCCUUUCUAAUCAGAGAGAGUGAGAGCCAGAAGGGUGACUUCUCCCUCUCAGUUUUAGAUGAAGGUGUUGUGAAGCACUACAGAAUAAGAAGGUUGGAUGAAGGUGGCUUCUUCCUCACUAGGAGGAAAGCCUUUUCAACCCUGAAUGAAUUUGUGAGCUAUUAUACCACAACAAGUGAUGGGCUGUGUGUCAAGUUGGAGAAGCCAUGCUUAAAGAUCCAGGUACCAACCCCUUUUGAUUUGUCGUAUAAAACUGCAGACCAGUGGGAGAUAGACCGCAACUCCAUACAGCUUCUGAAGCGACUAGGAUCUGGUCAGUUUGGAGAAGUUUGGGAAGGUCUGUGGAAUAACACUACUCCAGUAGCUGUAAAAACUUUAAAACCAGGUUCAAUGGAUCCGAAUGACUUCCUGAGGGAGGCACAGAUAAUGAAGAGCCUAAGACACCCAAAGCUCAUCCAGCUUUAUGCUGUUUGCACUUUAGAAGAUCCAAUUUAUAUUAUUACAGAGUUGAUGAGACAUGGAAGUCUGCAAGAAUAUCUCCAAAAUGAUGGUGGGUCAAAAAUCCAUUUGAUUCAACAGGUAGACAUGGCGGCACAGGUGGCUUCCGGAAUGGCCUAUCUGGAGUCUCAGAACUAUAUCCACAGAGAUCUGGCUGCAAGAAAUGUCCUUGUUGGUGAACAUAAUAUCUACAAAGUAGCAGAUUUUGGACUUGCAAGAGUUUUUAAGGUGGAUAAUGAAGACAUCUAUGAAUCUAAACACGAAAUAAAGCUGCCAGUGAAGUGGACUGCACCUGAAGCAAUUCGUACUAAUAAAUUCAGCAUUAAGUCUGAUGUGUGGUCUUUUGGAAUCCUGCUCUAUGAAAUCAUUACUUACGGCAAAAUGCCUUAUAGUGGUAUGACAGGUGCUCAAGUAAUCCAGUUGUUGAGUCAAAACUACAGAAUACCACAGCCGUCUAACUGCCCACAGCAGUUCUACAGCAUCAUGCUGGAGUGCUGGAGUGCUGAGCCUAAGCACCGGCCAACAUUUGAGACCCUGCAUUGGAAACUUGAAGACUACUUUGAAGAAGACUGUUCCUAUUCAGAUACAAAUAACUUCAUAAACUAAACAGCAAGGAACAGUGAAGAAACAGAAUGAAGACAUGAAAAUGUGGGGCUCAUCAGUCCAGAAAUAUCAUCUACCCAACUAACUGUGAAAUCAGCUUAUUUUGACAUAUUCAGGUGGUAGAAUGAACUUACCCAUGCAUUCCGUAUCAAAAAGAUAAUCUGUGUAUUUUAUUGACUAGGAAACACUGCAGGACAGUAUAAGAUGAUAUGUCAUUUUUUUCCUCACUGCCUGGUAAAAUCAAUCACACUAAAAUGAAGUUUUUUUUUUUCCUUUUGAGAACUCCUCACAUUUCUAUUUAUUGUUUGAGAUGCCGAUCAAGAGAAUCAACAGAUGACAGUGUUUACUCGGUUACUCUUGUGGCAUUUUCCUGUUUACUGAUUAGACUGGUUAUUCAUUAUUCCUCAAAUUGCUGAAUCCCAUCAGGCUGUUAUUAUGAAGGAAUUUGAUUGCUUUUCUGCACAGCAGGACCUGUGCUUUGAGAUAUUUUUUUUUCUCUCUUUUAAAAUAUCCUGUAACUACAAUGAUGGCAAAGCCAUGUUAAAUGACUUGAUUGUACUUGAAGUAAUUGCACAUAUUUUUCCUAUGCAUAAGAAAAUGAAGCAGCUGUUGAGAAAAAGAAUUGAAAUCUUUCUCAUUUUGUAGAAGGAAAUGAUGGAGUUUGCUUUAUACCUCAGUAUGUGUCAUCGGAGAAUCAUCUGCCUUAGUUUUAAUCUCUUAAUGUCAGGAAUCAGGUUGCAAAGCCAAUGAAUUGUUAUGUAUGGGAAUAUAAGGGAACUACCACACUGCCUACCAGGUCUGAGAAAUAGAUAUUAAAGUGGCUUAGGGAAGCUAGCAGAGAGCUGGAGGAUUGCUGCAGCCUUCUAAGUAAUAAUAAAAAGUUCCUUUGGCAGACAGUCUCAUUUUAAAUUGGCAGCAAGACAGGCCAAGCCUUGCCGAACGUGGUUAUGAACUGUAGCUUUUGUCUGUUAAGACUGGAUGCUCUUGAGUAUCUUAAUUUUUUUCUAACCUUGGUAAGAACGUCCCUGUUUUCUUAGGCAAUGAGUUAUCAAAUGUUCUGUCUCAUUGGUUGGUUAGCAAGACUUCUCCAAAGUCAGCUCCAUAUAUUCCAGGAUCUUCUAAUGUGCAGUGCUGAAUGAACCUUCCAAAAGGAAACAGAGUAUAUCAAGUUUAUAUUUCAUCCUUCUUUAAGAGAGAAGAGAAUAUCUAGAUGGUCCCAAGGAUCCCCUGGGAAUUAAAGAAACAUGUCAGUUCUUUCAACUAGGAACUAGGAGGCAAAGUAUCAGGGAUUAUUAGCAGUUUGGUGAUGUCACUAUCCUAGCUGCAUUUCUGUUGCCAUGGUAAGAAUCCUGACAAAAAGAAACUUAGAGGAGACAAAGUUUAUUUUAGAAGGUUUACAAUUCUGGGUCAUUGCAUCACAGCAGGAAGUCCUAGUGACAAAAGCUUGAAGCUGAUUAUAUCACAUAUGCAGUCAAAGAGGAGAGAGAUAUACACUAUGUACAUGCAUGGCUUGCUUGCUUGCUUACUGUGCUCAGGUCAAUUUCUACAUUCUUAAAAAGUUUGGGACACCUUUGCCUAGAAAAUAGCAUGUCAUACAAUGGGCUGGAUCUUCCAGGAUCAAUUAACUUAAUUAAGAGAAUUCUCUACAGACAUGCCCACAGGCCAGUCUAAUACAGAGAACCACUGUCAAUUUAUUGUGACUCUUUCUGGGUGAUUCUAGGUGCUGACAAAUUGUUAAUUAUAGCUAGUCAUUAGACCACUUAAGACUUGAAUUCUAUCAAACUUUCCCAUCUACCGCAAGCAUCGUCUAUGUUCGACUGGUCACAGUUGGCCACCAGUGGUAAGUGUGGCUUUCUUGCAUUCAAGAAGACAAAAUAGGCAAUUUCAUUCUUAGGCAUUAUCCAAAGCUUCUUACACACAUACACACACACACACACACACACACACACACACACACACACACACACACACACACCAUUCCCAUUUUGGAGGGGAAGCAGGUGGCAAAUGCAGUCCUGUGGCCAAUGGACAGCUAUUGGUACAGUGAAUGUGAAUACCAAGUGUUGUUUGGCUUGGAAAAAAAUCUGCACUGAAGCUGGGGAUAUGAACUUCUCCAAGACAAGUUGCUUAUUUGAAUAAAAUUAGAGAUUAGUUGCUGGGUAGGUGUCCAUUAACCGAACUAUUUAAUAUGAAUUAACUGUUGGAAUUAAUCUAUGUACGUGUAUGCAUUCAUUUAUCAUCUCAAACAUUUCUCAAGAGUUUAAUCUGGAUCAUGUCUAAAGACUAUAGAUCUGCUCAGAGAAGGAAAAGCAUUUGUAAGAUAAGGUCACCACUAAUAUUUUAAUCAGUUGAGAGAGCAUGGGGUAGCUUCAAUUGUUUAUUUCAGAUCAUCUGGUUUAGUGUAACCAAGGAGCAGACAUUCAACAACUAGUUGUCUAAAAUGAAAUUGAAAACAAAAAAGGACUCCUUUUCCUGAGUUCAUCUCUUCAGGACAUAUUCUUCCUGGGGCAUAUGUAGAAAUGAGGGACAAUAUUCCCCUUUCAUUGUGCAAAUUCAAAUGCUGUGUACUUUUAUGUUGUAGCUGAUGAUAAUAAAUUUGUAGUAAGAUCUGGCUUUGAAAUAUAAAAUGGUUAUCCGUUCCUGCUUUAAUACCACCUGAAACUUGUUUAACUCACUGUGUUUGAUUCUUGGAGACAUUUAUGUUCAAGGCUCUGU